AUGACAGACAACGCAGAUCCCAGCUUAAAUGCUUCGCAAGAAGACCAUACGUCCGCGUUACUUCAACGCCAAUCAGAAGCACUCUGCCGUUUUCUCUCCGACCCUAGCAUAUCGGCAUCCGAAGCUGCACAAAACUUGACAGCACCGACUCUGGGAGCUCAACGCAAAGCAAAAUCGAAUCAUGAAACCCUGUCUGACGGUUCAAAGUUGUGGAAGGAUAUCGCCAAUGCCAUUCGGAACCAAACAGAUCAGAAUGACCGACUCGUCGAACUUGUGCGAGAGAUUCAGAAGAUCUCCGACGAUGACGAUACGUUCAAAUCCAUGGCUGGAUACCAUAUGUACUGGACAGAAUUCGCCUAUGAUUUCAAAGUCCCUCGAUCCGAUGAUGCAGACCGCGAAGCCCAGAUGCAGGGCUGGGUGAACAUGAAUGCAUUCUGUGCUAAGCUCUCCAGGAGUAGAGUGCCGGCGUUGGACGAACGUUCCCGUUCAGCAUGGGUCAUCAAAGAAGCGCUUGAGAAAACUCCCUGGGAGCAGACCUCGCAUGCUGAUUUGGAAGAAAUGUUGGAAGAUGAUCCGGACGAUGAAGUGGUGGCUGAAGAGGUUGCUUACGAGUACGAAAUUAGAAAGAUUACGGUCCUUGAAUAUUGGAUUCCGGCGGCAGCAGCAUGGAUGAAGAAUGACAGUCGGGGAAUAUAUGAGAUGGAGGGUAAGAUCUCGAUUGCUGAUGAUGAGGGUUGGUAUCCAAGUAAUUGGACUGGUCGUAGAGGUUGGUCGAAAGAUCGCUUUGCUUUCUGGAAAGAUCGAUUCAGAACUAUUAGCGAUAUCGAGGAAUUGAGCGAGUCGACCAGGAGAGAGGCUGUGGAUGCUGCUGAGUGUAUGGAAGCGGUCAUGAGAGGAAGUACGAGUUGA